CUGGGGAGAGGCAAAAUGGCAAAAUAUUUGACUCCAGAUGAAAUGACAUCGAAAGAUUACUACUUUGAUUCUUACGCUCAUUUUGGCAUCCAUGAGGAAAUGUUAAAAGAUGAAAUCCGAACAUUAACAUACAGAAAUUCUGUCUACCACAACAAACAUGUGUUUAAGGACAAAACCGUGCUGGAUGUGGGAAGUGGAACUGGGAUUUUAGCAAUGUUUGCAGCCAGAGCAGGAGCCAGGAAAGUGUUUGGGAUUGAAUGUUCCAGUAUCUCUGAUUAUUCAGAGAAGAUCAUCAAAGCAAACCACUUGGACAAUAUAAUCACUAUAUUUAAUGGUAAAGUGGAGGAAGUUGAACUGCCUGUGGAUAAAGUCGACAUCAUAAUCAGUGAAUGGAUGGGAUACAGCCUCUUCUAUGAAUCAAUGCUUAAUACAGUUAUUUUUGCACGGGAAAAGUGGCUGAAACCUGGAGGGCUGAUGUUCCCAGAUCGAGCCACUCUGUACAUCGUCGCUAUUGAAGAUCGACAGUACAAGGACUUCAAAAUUCACUGGUGGGAAAACGUUUAUGGUUUCGACAUGACAUGCAUCAGGAAUGUUGCCAUAAAGGAACCUCUAGUGGACAUUGUGGAUCCCAAACAAGUUGUGACCAAUGCUUGUCUCAUCAAGGAGGUGGAUAUCUACAAUGUAAAGACUGAGGACCUGUCGUUUACUUCCACAUUCUGUCUCCAAGUUCAGCGCAAUGAAUAUGUUCAUGCUUUGGUCACAUAUUUCAACAUUGAGUUUACAAAAUGUCACAAGAAAACUGGAUUUUCUACAGCUCCUGAUGCUCCAUAUACACACUGGAAACAGACUGUGUUUUACUUGGAAGACUGCCUGACAGUGAAGCGGGGAGAGGAGAUUUGUGGAACCAUAGCGAUGAACCCCAAUGCAAAAAAUAACCGUGAUCUGGAUUUUACCCUGCAGCUGGAUUUCAGAGGCCAGCUGUGUGAAGCAUCUCUGUCUCAUGAUUACAAAAUGCGUUAA